AUGGACCCAAGAAUCUCCUUCUCACAUGACUUUGUGGUUGGCCAACAACCAAUGAAGCAUGAAAACAUAUACAGAGAAGCUCCUGUCUCUUCGGAUUUCGAGUUUUCUGUCAAGAACUAUUCUAUGAUACCAGCUGAUGAAGUGUUUUCUCAGGGCAUGCUUUUGCCUCUCAAUAAGAAGGUGACUUUAAGGGAUGAACUGCUUGUCAAUGAUGACUAUGGGAAGGAUUUACCAAGAUUAUCAAAGAGUUAUUCAAGCCGGUGGAAGGAGCGAUUCGGCCUCAAAAGGAUUGGAUCUAAAAAAGAGAAGCAUAAGAGUGAUGGCUUUCUGCAGAGAGAUACAACUGUAAACAAAGCCAGUUAA